AUGGACACAGUCAUGGCGAAAUGUGCACAUAUGCUACUCGGAUCACGUGAGCGGACCUCCCAGAAGCCAUCCGAGCUCUCAGAGACCUGGGACGGCAACAGUGAUUGUACUGCGAGCAGAACAAUCGAGAUCUUCCAAUGCUCUGCUACAAGAUACAAGAAAGCAAACCAAGCACCCGAGUGGCACGAAUACGUAAGUCAUUUGAAUGGUAUGAUUGAUGCCCCUCAAGCAGCACAGCUUAGAAUCUCAACAUGUAAGGAUGCCAUGAAAAUGCAGCUCGUCACAAUCAUGAACGCCAUCGCAGUCGUUCUCGUCUUUAAAUGA